UUGUCUCUGUCCUGUGGAGAAACACACUGCGUGACACCGAAAGGGGAGCUAUGGUGAAACCUUUCCCGGAAUGAAGCCAAGGACCCCACACUCCAAAUUCAAACUCCAAGGUGAUAGUGUCAGAAUUGAGUUAAUUGCUUGUGGCGGAAAACAUACACCUUGUACAAACUUUCAGAAAAAUUUGUAGGGAUCAUCUAAUCCAAUCUCUUCACUGCACCAAGGGGACCCCACACCCAAGGAAGGACAGGCUUGGAAAUGGACUAUAUUCCAGUUAUGGAAAACUGUCAUACUGGACAUUCAUGGACAAUGCUGCUGCCUAAUUGUUGCUUCUCUUACACACAUUGUAACCCUGAAAAAAGACGUCUCCUAAUGUUAUGGAGCAGCCCCGAUAUAAAACAGGUUGCCUGGCUGUGGGUCCUCACCCACACGCUUAAAAGGGACUUAUGAAUACUCCACUACAGGCACACACAAAAGGUUCAUAAAAGGUUUAUUUACAAGGGAAAAGGAAUUGAGGAAAUGUACAACUCAGGGAGAAAAUAGGGAAAUAAAGUCUUCAAUACGUCCUACCCGAUCUGCGGACCUGGAAACCCAAUGGCACUCUGAGAGCUGGCUGAGUGCUGCAAGCUGGCGGAGAGCCAAAAAAGGGAGCCUCCCAAAGCCCACGUGUCUGGUUUUAUACCAAACCUGGCUGCUUAACUCCACCCUCAGGUUCCAGCCACCUUCCCUUUGUGGUGAUGGGAUUUGUCUUUCCCAGUGUCCUGAUAGCUUUGGUCUGGAAUGGGGGUGGAGUCCACAAAGCCUGUAUGAAAUUAGCUUUAGGACAUCCUUUUCCCCCUAACAAUUAGACUACACCCUGAGUUCUGUGCCACCAUAGUACAUGGUGAACUAAAAAUUAAAAGGGGGAUUGUAACAGCGUGGUCCCCAGGAAAGGGGUUUCCUGCCCCACCCAAGGGAGGGUGGAGUUGAACAGGGAGAGAAACAGCUGCAGAGGAGACUGAGAAAAGGUAGGAAGCAGGAUGAAGAGCCAGAAAGAGACUUGGAGGAGGCACUGGAAGCUGAGAGACAUGUGAAGAAACCGCUUGCCUUUUGGUCGUGGCCUGGGUGACACAGAUGUGGAAAAUUUCAGGCAUUCAUUCUAAACUCCGGUUCAGAAAGUCUAGUUCUGAUGAUAGACCUAUUGUCUAUCAUCCCGAACAAGGCAUGUUAAUAGCUACGAUAGCCUCCCCAGAGACGACUCACAGGGACUUGGCAUGGGAUGUCUCAGAAAAGACCAUUGAGAACUUUAAUGACGCCCUCCAAGUUUCUGGUCAGUUGUCAGCAGAUACUAUCCUCCAAACCCUCAAGAUGCUGGAAAUCAAAAUCACGAGUAACAAGUUGUCACCUCCACUGUGCCAGAAAGUGACAGAUGUCAUCAUCAAGUAUCUGAGGACCUUGAAGCCAUCCAAAGAAUUGGAGGAGAAAUGUACUGCAGUCCUACUGGCUAUAGGGUCCUACCAUCCGGAAAUGAUCACUGAAAAACUCUGGGACAGAGUUUAUCUGUACACCUUGCCUCCCAGAAGCCUCCUGGUUGCCGUUGGGAAACUCACCGUCUGCCCGGGUAUAGCCCACUGCAUUGGCACCACAUGGGAACAUAUCCUGCGCCUUCUGGGGAUGACCCAGGAAGAGGAAGACAUGUUGGCAUUAUGUCAAGCACUCAGUGGAUUGGUCGUCAAUGUCCGAAAGCAUCUGGAUCUGGGCGCCCACGCUGAUGAAGUGAUGGACAUCACACAGGAGGCAGUGUCCAUCAAGGCCUACUAUACUCUCCGGGUGCUCUUGAACCGUUGGCCCAUGAAGACCAAGGAGGCAGAGCAAGCUCUGGUCAUUGCCGGCCACCUCUUCUUCCUCAUUGCACCAUCCAAACUCAAGAACCAAGUGAACCAUUUAGUCCGCUGGCUGAUGAUGUUAUUCACCCAUGUGACACCUUUCUACAUCUCCCAGUGUGUCUGCCAGCUCGUGGACUCUCUGGCUCUCAGCGGCUGUGGAGGGGUGAACUUGGAGUCCCAGCUGGAGAACUUGACGGCCAUGCUGUUGAGGCUGCUGACCGUAAAGGUCAACACCGCAGACCCCCACUCUGUGCAGAACAGCCACCUCGUCCUGAGGACUUUCAGUGUCCUAACCAAGCUGUACAGUGACCAGGUGGUGUUCUUGUUACGCAAGACCAUGGAAACCAGGGACCCGGACAUGGUGGCAUCCGCUCUCCAAGUCUUCAUGGAUUUGUUCCAGGAGGUGACCCAGUCUGAGAAGAGGAAGAGUGAAAUCCUGCACUCCACCAUUAUCAUGGUCCAGACGGACCUCAAACCCGUGAGGAAGGAUGUGCUGCGCUUCAUCGAGAUGCUGGGGCAGCACAAAUACCUGGCCCUGCCCCAGAGCAAUGCCAUCCUCGACUACAUGGUGAAGCUCAGCGUAUCGGACUCCUUUAAUGAAGUGGACAUCCGAAUACUGUGUUCAAAGAUUCUCCAGAUGGUCUCCUUGCCAAGACUGGUCACCGUAAUGUGUGAGCCCAGCAGUGUCUUGGCCUUUGUGCCACUGUGUGAGACAGUCUUGGAAAUGGCUCUGAAGGCCCAGUCCCAGGGCAAGACCCCCUACCUCAGCGGCUUUCAUCUCACACCCACCCAGUUUGUAACCCCACAGAACCUCCUGUCCUGCCUCGUGAUGCUUUCCAUAAGGCCCUACAGACAAAAGAACAUUGGUGCAAGCUCCCUCAAGCUACUACAUGCCCUGCAUCCUAUCACCUCUCUGCACCCCGUUAUCAAUUCAGAUGUGGGCCAGCUGUGGAUGAAAGAGAUCCCCAGGAUGGUUCAGUUCUUGGAGGAGCACAAUGAGAAGACCCUCAUUCAGGAGAAGUGGGAGAGAUGGCUGCUCAAGUUUUCAAGUCGCACCCUGGUGGCCAUCAAUGAUGACAAGUGGCUGGAGCACCUCAUCAGGGUCAUCUUGAAGAAGAUUCAUUAUUUCAGCGAGGCUGAUGAGAAGACUUUCCUGUAUAAAUUCUUCGGCUUCACCCUGUGGUCCUCAAGUGACAAGACAUUGGUGCAGAUGAUGAUCACCGCCUUGGUCCUGACCACCCACGAGGACUUGGCAGAGCGGGAGGGCAUUGCCGUGGCAAUCAGUAUCGUGGCCACGAGACACCUGAAGGUGGUUCUGGACCAGCUGCAAGUAUACUGUGCUGUGCUCACCAACAAGGACACCUCAUACAUCAACCUAAUGCCGAAGGUGAUGGCGUUCCCGGGGGAUCCGCCAGCUCCCACACAAAGCCUUCUAACACACCCUCAUAACCCCAGUCUCCCCGCUUCUCUGAGGCCUUGUGACUCACCUAUAAAGAGUUUCUCUUUGGCUCUGAUCCAUGGUGGGCAGUUUCAUCACCCCCACAUUUCCCUUGCCCUGAAUUCCUGCUGCAGGUCCUGCAAACACCCCUACCCCCAACCAUAUUUCUCCCUUUCCAGCUGCUCCCCACUCCACGGCCUUAUCUUCCCUUUCAAGUCCUCUGGGUAA